AUGGCGAUGAAUGCUUCCUUGGCAGGAAUCAUUUCGUUGGGACCGUGGGGAGGUUCAGGUGGCGACCAUUGGAGCUUCAAGGCAAGCAGUGGCAUAAGUGAGAUAACCCUCUAUGUAGACAGUAAUGUUAAGUCCAUUUCUUUCACCGAUGGCAACGGUGAUACUUCUGGCACAUUUGGUGGCGAGAACCAUAAUGACUUGGGUGAAGAGAAAAAGAUUAAAAUUGCUUCGCCGUCAGAGUAUUUCACAACUAUAAGCGGAACUUAUGGAAAGUAUGCUGGACUGACUGUAAUCACCUCCCUGACCUUCGCCACAAAUCUCACGAGUUAUGGCCCUUAUGGAAAGACUACUGGUGAUGAGUUCUCUAUCCCAAUAGCAGACAGUGUCGUCGUUGGGUUUCAUGGCAGAUCUGGUUACUACCUUGAUGCUCUUGGAAUUUAUGUGCAACCAGUAGCUGGAAGCAUUUCGUUGGGGCCAUGGGGUGGCGAAGGUGGAGAAGCUUUUGAUUUUAAAGUGGCAAGUUGGAUAAAAGAGAUAACCAUUUAUGAUGGACAAUGUAUCAAUGCCAUUGCUUUUAAGGACGCUAACGGAAACGAGUAUGGAAUGUUUGGUGGUCGUGAUCCAAAAGAUGCUGGUACCAAAAAAAUAAUUACAAUCGAUGGGUCUUCUGAGUAUCUGACAUCCAUAUCUGGAACAUAUGGAACUCACAAAGUGAAGACGCCUGUUAUCACCUCACUUUCGUUCGUAACAAAUCUGACCACAUAUGGACCUUUUGGAACUGUUAAAGGAACUUCUUUCUCCAUACCAAUAGAAGGUUCUUUCGUCAAUGGAUUUCAUGGAAGACACGGCUAUUAUCUUGACGCAAUCGGCAUCUUUGUGAAACCAAAAGCCGUAAUCUAA